UUGCAUAAGUUGGAUGUAAAAGAAGAAACAUUUCAGGAAACUCAGAUAAGAUCAACUGAAACUAUAAACAAGUGAGUUAUGUUGUCAUCCCCCUAAGCAACCCUCCAAACUGAAGAAAGGCUUUAAGAAAGGUGUCAGUACUGUAAAAAUUCUUCUGUCCAAAAAACGUAGAACGUAAUGAAGAUCACAUUUCAGAUGUGCAAGUGAAACCAUUCAUCUACUGCACAUUUUUUUGAGGCCACUUGAUACCAGAAACUACAAUCCACACCCCUUUCCCUGUUUAGUUUUUUUCUUAAGAACAAAGCAAACACAAUCAGAAUAUUUCCCCCUUCUUAAUAGGAUUAUAGAAUUCUCUCAGCUGAACUUGAUGUACGUCAUACCAAGAACAAAAUAUCUUUCCCUAGAUAAUUUAGGGCUGGAAUGAGCUACUAGGCUUCCAUAAUCAACAUAAUGACUUUAUUAUGGUGCCACUGAGAAAACAAUUGUUCUGAAUUCAUGAGGGUGUAGAUAACUCAGAAGUGUUGCUUUUAAGUGAAAGUUUUCAUAGGAUCAUAUAAUCAUCUAGUCCAACCAUCCACCUUCCACCAGUACAGGAGAGUAAUUGGAACUUUAGGUUUGUUCUGACAAGGACUGGGUUGUUUAUCUGGAAAAGAAGACCCAGAAGGACCGUUUAUUUUUUGCAUUUCAGGAGCUCAAGUGAUACUAAACCUGGGUAAGCUUCCUCCGAUGAUUUGGUAGGUAACAAAAAUGAUGGAAAUGUCUCCAACAAUGCUUCAGCUUUCCCUUCUUUCCUCCUGAGUUGGCUCAUGGCCAACCUACUGUCCACUAGAAUACUCUGGUCCUUUCCAGCAGGCUGGUCCCCAGCCUGUACUGAUGCACGUGUUUAUUCCUCCCCAGGUGUAGGACUCUGCAUUUGCUCUCGUUGAACCUCAUCAGCUUCCUGUCUUCCCAGAUCUCCAGUACAUGGGAUUUAGUGCCUUGCUGUUCACAGAUAUUUUUUACCCAAAGUGCAUGGAAACCACCAACAUUUCUCUAUCCACAAUUAAAAAAAGAAAGAAUGAAAGAAGAAACAUCAACAAGCUGCAAAGCAGAGAUACUGGAAUGAUUUAAUACCCCUAGGCUUGCACAUCAUGCUUAGACACAAAGGAUCCAGCUUAAAUAACCUCAGCUAUUGUCCAUCAGCUAAACCCUAAUUUUCUUCUCCAAGGAACAUGAAAAGAAAUGACUGUAUAGCAGAAGGUGUGGUUUACUUUGUGGAUGGUUAAAUACAUUUAUAGCUCAAUUAGACUAGUUUUUUUCCGGUAGAAUUGAAUCUCAGGCUGGAAUCACUAUAUGGCAAGGCACCAGGAGGUGUAGCAUUAAAUCCUGUGGUGAAAACAGGUAGCAGCUUAGUGACUAGGUGACAAGGAUCCACGAAAGAUGAAGCUCUUUCUGCCUCUUCUGUUGGUUGCCAUCGCUGGCAUGGAGUUUGCCCAAACCUUGAAGUGUUACACCUGCCAUGAACCUACAGCAUCUGAGAAGUGCAUGAAGAUCCAGAAGUGUGGUAAGAAUGAAACCAUGUGCAAGACAACCAUGUAUUCCUUGGAGGAAGUUUAUCCUUUUGUGGGACUCUCAACUGUCACCAAGAUGUGCUCUUCAGUCUGCAGCCCAUCUGAUGUGGAUGGGAUUGGCAUGACGCGCCCCGUCUCCUGCUGUUACUCCAACUUGUGCAACAUUGAUGGUGCAGCUAGUUUGAGAAUCAGCUUUGUGCCAGUUGGGAUGUUAGCAAGCGUCGUAUGUUGUCUCUUCUGGUCUAGACUGUGAGGAGCUGAGGAAGGCAUGUUUCUUCCAAAGAACCCAACAGAGAAGAGAAUGAAACCCUGGCAGCCCAGCUUUCCAUUUAGAUGGCUCAUGAACUACCUUCAACGUCUUCCACAAAUGGUGUUUCUAGUUCCCACACUCCUUCCAUAAUCAGGAGGGAAGCAAAAAUUCAGGAAUUCUCAACAACAUUUUUGAGGUUGAUUCUCCGACAUUUCCCACAGAAAUAACUUUCUUUCUUUUGCUAGUCUGGUUGAUUUUGAACUAAAAUUUAUGGUUUGUAUAGUAUAUUUAAAGCAAAAGGCACAGAGCUAGGUGUUCCUUAGAGCAUUCUCUUCCCCACACGUUCAUAGCUGAACUGACCGAUCUUCUCAUAUGAAAUUCACUUUUAUGUAGCAUAUCCUCUCCAGCCCACAUUUUUGUGCUGGCCCUUUUUGCUGCCUAGAUUUCCUUCUUAGUGCAUAAGAAGUUAGAAAGACAUUUCUAUGCUUCCGGAAUAUGAGACAGGAGAUCGGUGACCUGAUCCAAGAAAGCUGAAACACCUUUUGUUCUCUGUACCCUUUUGAGCAAAAUAAAAACAAUGUUGUGUUAAAACUGUAAUGGUUGCUGAAGUUAUUUAUAAUGUACUUGCAUUCUAAUAAAAUUUAUUUUAAUUUUUACUUCCACUGAUUUUCAAACUCCAUUUCCCCCUUCCAGUAUUGUUUUGUACAGUGGAAUGAGUUGGGUUUUGUUAUCAGUCCUGCAGUAAUAAGACAUUUCUCACUAUUUCCUACUGACAGAGGCCUUUCUUCAAUAUUUCUUUCACAAACUCCACUUGUAAGGAACUAUCUUUAUUGGGUGAUUUAAUUUUGUUAAAUUCUUGCCUGAAUUUGGAAUUCUGAUCUGAUUUUUCCUUUUCCUAUAAAAUCUUUUUUCAGGAUUUACCAGCGAA